AUGGCAAAAACAUCUAUUGAAUUGAAAUAAGUUUAAUAUACUAUUCAUAUUUAACCUGGUUUAGCAGCAGUACAAAUUUGCCAAAUCUAUUCAACUAAAUAAAAUAAAGAUCAAAGUUAAUUAGAAUACUUAUUUAAAAUAGAUUAAAAUUCAGCUGUGUCUAAAAAUGAUUGUUGAACUUGGAGAUUAGAAAGUUUAUGGAGUAAUAAAAGAGUUAGAAGAGGCCAAAAAAAAUAUUAAAAAGGAAUUGAAGAUGGAAAGACAAUUGUGAUAAGCUAAGAGGAUUAAGAAAUAUCAAAUAUUAAAAAAGCAAAAAUUGGUUGUUUGAGCCCUGGUAAAUUAUUAAAAAAUUAAUUUGUACACAUCCAACCAUUAUAAGUCUUUCUGAAUUAAUUUAGUCUCUGA